AUGAAAGGAGGAAAAAAAGUAAUUAUUGAACCUCACCGUUUAAAAGGAGUUUUCAUUGUAAAAGGCAAAGAAGAUGCUUUAGUAACAAAAAAUAUGGUGCCUGGUGAGUCAGUUUAUGGAGAAAAACGAGUCUCUAUUCAAAACGAACACUCAAAUGAUACUGAUGAACAAAAAACAACAACAGAAUAUCGCGUUUGGAAUCCUUUCCGUUCUAAAUUAGCGGCUGCUAUAAUGGCAGGAGUUGAAGAUGCACACAUCUUUCCUGGUGCUCGAGUUCUUUAUUUGGGCGCUGCUUCUGGUACUUCUGUUUCGCACGUUUCUGAUAUUGUUGGACCGGAAGGAAUUGUUUAUGCCGUGGAAUUCUCACAUAGAAGUGGUCGUGAUCUUUUGGGAAUGGCCAAAAAACGACCAAAUGUUGUUCCAAUCGUGGAUGAUGCUCGACAUCCACACAAAUAUGCAAUGAUGGUAGGGAUUGUUGAUACAAUCUUUUCUGAUGUUGCACAACCUGAUCAAGCAAGAAUUGUGGCUCAUAAUGCACACAAAUUUUUGAAAAACAAUGGACAUGUUGUGAUCUCAAUAAAAGCAAAUUGUGUUGACAGCACAGCUGAGCCAGAGGCAGUUUUUGCUGGGGAAGUGAACAAAUUACGCGAAGAACAGUUUAAACCGAUUGAACAGGUGACACUUGAACCUUAUGAACGUGAUCACGCUGUGGUUGUUGCUGAAUAUAGAGCAUCAAAGAAAGUGAAAAAGGAAAAGAAGGAAACUAAAACGGAGGAAAUGGAAAGCUGA